AUGUAUCAACAUAUGAUAUUAACACGAAUAUUAUUUUCUAUUGGUGUAGGAUUUCUUAUAUUUAGUCUUGUAUUUGGUUGGGUAUCAUUUUCUGUACCUGAUUGGCUUCAAUAUUAUGAACGAAAUAAAUUAACAGAUAAUAUAUUAUCAAAUGAAAAUUUUGUUAGUUUAAAAAAAUUAGGUUUAUGGUAUAAAUGUAUAUUUGUAACUGAUUCAAAUGAUUUUACUUGUACAUUAUGGAAUAAUGAUGCUCCAAGUUUUGUUCGUGUUGCACAAGUACUUGUACCAUUUGGAUUAAUAUUAGGUUCUUUAUCACUUCUAUCAACUUGUAUUGGUUUUAUGUGUAGACAAGCAUUAAUUUCUAUUAUGAUUUUUGCAUCAUUAUUUGCAUUUUUAAGUUUUAUAUUUACAACCAUUGGUGUAACAGUAUUUGCUACAGAAUCAUUAGUAUUUGUUGGACGUUUACAAGUAGAUAAUAAUGAUAGUCCUCGUCGUUGGGGCAUGUGGUUAUUAAUUCCAAAUGUUGUAUUAUCUUUUUUAACUUCAGUAUGUUUUAUUACUGCAUCAUUACUUAAUUGGUGUGAUUAUCGAAGUAUGGAAGUUACAGGAAUUCUUAGUCAUAGUGUUGAUAAAUAUAAUGGUAGUGUUUAUAAAGCACCAUCAGAGAGUAAUACGACAUCAGCUGUGAAACAACAAUAUCCACAUCAUGAUUAUCCUAAUACUUGUUAUCAAAUAAAUGGUUUAAAUAAUAAUCAACCAAAUCCAAUGGGUUAUCCACCACCACCAAGUUAUGGUGCUUUAGUUAAUCCAGCAUAUCAACCAACUCCUCCUGGUAUAUUUGGAUAUUCAAGAUCAGGUAGUCCAACAAUGAAUCAAAUGUAUCCACAUACAAAUUUUGAUCCUUAUUAUCCUCGAUAUCAUAUGAACGAAACCUUAGAAAUGGAUGAAUUAUCUCGUAUGGGUCGUUCACAUCGUCGUUCUCGUUCUCGUCGUCAAUCAAGUCAUCGUUCAAGAUCAAAUAGUCCAGAUGAAAGUACAGUUAUUGAUGAUAAUAAUAAUCAGAAACAAACUCAAUUUAUUCCAAUACCUGUUCCUUACUAUCAUCCUCAACAAGUACCAUCAUCACAAACAACUAAAAUGCAAAUACCAAUUGCAUCAACAAAUAAUAAUCAACCAGCUAUAUCAUAUAUUGUUCCACAACCAAAACAACAAUAUGUAGAAGAUACUAUUCAACCUAAUACAAAAACGACUAAUAUGUUAAAAUUUGGUGGUGUACAACCACCAGUAAUAUUAUCCAAUCCAACUCAACCUGUUUAUACAAUAGCUUAUCGAGCAAAUAAUGGUAAUAAUAUGCUUGCACCAAAUAUUUUAACUGGACCAGCAGCUGCAACAUAUGUUACAGCAACACGAAAUCAAAUAGCUGAAAUAACCUCAUUGACUAAUGAAUCGGAUAAAGACGAAGAUCUAAAUUAUCAAACUAUUCCAAUAUUAAAAAAUUCGAAAAAGAUAAAUAUAAAGGAAGCAUGGACAUGGCGUAAACUUUAA